AUGGCGACCACCUUGCGCGCCCCAGUGGGCCAACAAACCCAACUCCUACAAACCGCGCCUCAAACCUCCAGCACGACAAGAACUCAAACGCAAACUCAGACACGAACCCAAGCGGUCCUCCACCUCCGCGGCGCGCCCCUAGACAGCGAAAGAGGCAGCACGCGCCGGCGCAUAAAAUGGGCGGAAGACGUAGUGGACAAUGAGGGCCUCGGCAGGAAGAAGAGCAAAGUGUGCUGUAUCUACCAUGCGCCGAAGGGGAUCGAUGAGAGUAGUGAUGAGAGCUCGUCGUCGGAUAGUGGAAGCGAGAGUGAUAGUGGCGAUGAUGGGAGUGCGAGGCCGGUUGGAGGUGGGGCUGGAAGGGGGAAGAGGAAGGGGAAUGAGAAUGGGAAUGGGUGUGGGCAUGGGCAUGGGCAUGGAAAGAAUAAGGGGCAGGGGGAUGGGAGUGGAGAGGGGAGUGUGAGGAAGAGGAGUCCGAAUGCGUAUGAGAGGAUGCCGAAGGUUAAGGGCGCGGCGAAGGAGAAGUAGGUUUGUGGUGAGUGGAUGGGAGUAGAGAUGGUUGUUAAAAAGGUUACGAUUGUAUGAUUCGGCGUAAAUCGGACGGUAUUCGGGUGUUUUUUGGGGGGGAUUGGCAUGGUGCAUAGAUGGCGUUCAGAGGGUUUGCAUUCGGUCCGUUCACGGUUUCUCUUUGCACGUUGGGCCUGGGAAAGACACAUUCAGCUGGGAGUGCGAGCUGUUGGACACAUGUUUGUUCAAGUAUUGCCAGUAUACUGAAAGAGCUAGACAAGUGGAUUCUUGUUUAUAAGGGGACUAUCAAGGUGCAUUUUGCUCCUGUUUUCCUUUUCUGGUGUUGUGACUUGAUACCUUCACGAUAUGGUCUUUGGCCCACAUGGUGUGAAAGCAUUUCUGUUUAUGCUACUGCCUCUCUAUGAGACCACGCUUUUGGGUAAAUAGUAUAUACAGCAGAAGGGCAGGUAACCAGCAAGCAAGUGCUCGCCCAGCCGAAUCCAUCAUAACCCGCUGUCAAGUAGCAGAGCUGAAUGGCUGCAUGGAGUCUCUGCUAUUGUCGCUUUUUCUGCCAGUUCCAGUUCGUCCGUCUACUUAGUAUUUUCUUAGCAAGAAGUAUCUGAUGGCAUGCCGGUGUAUCCUCUGCUGGAUUUACUUCCAGUAACAGCCGCGUCAGUCGGUGUCCAGCCUGAGCAUGAGACAGAGGGGAUGUAAAUGUUGGUAGCAUCAGACUUGACUGUUCCCUUCAUGCCGAGAUGGUAAAGUUCGUGAUGGGUACGCAGUCAGUGGGUUUGCCGGCUGGAGAACUAUCCUUGUAGUCGUGUUCAUUACCAUCCUGUGGUCUGUGGUCAGUUACUGUGAAUGAGUUAUCGUUUACGUCAGAGACGUCAUUGUCUGUUCGUUCACCUACGGAACCAAUGCUCAAACCAUACUUCCGAAGCAAGAUCCACCAGUGAAAGUGAUACCGGUUCCCGAAUUGAUCGCUAAGCAAUCAUCUUGGUUCUUAAAGGCGGCUGGGAGAUAACAAUGUUGGUGCUGAAUCCGACAUCGGGCAACGGGACAGAGGUUGCUGUUGUCUUCCCCUUUGCCUUUGGCAUGGGAAUAGCGAAGACUAGAGAUGCUUCGCUGAGACCAGUUCAACCGAAGAAAGUAAUUGAACCACGUUGAAUGAUUGGCAGUCUAAGCAAGGGGAGCUGAAGGUACACGGAAUGUGAGAAGCAAGGUGAGAAGAGAGAGUUGUGCAAGCUUGGAUGAGAAAGAUAAGAGGACCAAAAACGAUUUCUUCUGAAGUAUCUCGAGAUAUUUAAACAAAAUAGACUUCUUCUCCUAUCUACUUAGGUUAACCUUUCCACUCAUCCUCGGGUAUGAUAUUUGAGCUGUCGAUCAUAUAGCAAGUGUCCCAUUUUUGUGGACGACAGACAGCGGCUUUUACUGAGCAUGGAAGUCUGGAAAAGCUUGCCUUUAUUGGUAUUGUCAGAUGCCAGAUCAAAAUGCGUGGAUGAGCAGUGCUGAACUUGAGUCUGUUGUUACAAAUGUUCGGGCAGAUGACCAUAACUUCGUAAGUGCCAGCUGAAGUCCAUAUGUGGAUUAGUGGCAAGCUCCUUUUUAAUCAUGGCUGGCAAGACCGCGAACUUUCGAGAGGCAGUGAAGGACUGUUGGUGGAGAACUGAAAGAGGAGGUGUUGAAGUCCGUUCG